AUGAUCCCACUCGCGACCGGUCUGCAAUACAUCAGCACGGGAAUUCUCUACAAGGAUACAUCACCUCCAAGAAAAGAACAGGAUCUCCCGGAGAGCCUAUCUUUGACGCUCGGGAGACCGCACGCUUCAUCCCGGCUCAAAGCUACCAGCUUUGAGCUGACGAACGCCAGUUCGCACCUCUUUGUCCAUGCUGCCCUGUUUUCCGCAUCUGCAUCCCACUUCAUGAGACCCAUGCCGUUCACACUUACCAUUUGCAAAGAGUAUGUGUGUGCGGAAGCACUAAUCCUCAGACCAUACACGCAGUGUAUCAAACGCAGCAACAGUCAUUAUCUCAGUGGAUAG